CAUCGCGCUGUAGUUUGCUAUAUGGAGUCCUUGUAUUUGUUGAUAUAGGUGCUUGCAAAAAAUACGUACAAAUGGAUGACUUCGUGCGAAUGGAAUUGAUACUAUAGAAUUUUUUUUUGAAUCUAUUUUGUAAGAAAACAAACCUUCCGUGAAGAUUCUUUUCUGAGAAUAGGUAGAAUUGGUAAAGCUUUGGAAGAUUUACGUCAAUAGACGAGUUUGUUCAGUUUUUUCCAUUUCAAAGUACAUGUAUUAUAAAAAGGUUUGUUUGGACAAUUAUCAUGAACUCGUUAAGCAGGGCUUGGCAAACCACAAGGGUAAAUGCGUGCACAGUUUGGCUGCUGGUUCUAUCUUUUUUUGAAUGGUUGUUUUCAGCAACUUCCAUCUCGCAAGCACGCGGUUUGAAUUAUCGGAAAGGGAAAACAGUAUUGAAGCGCGAUUGCUGUACCUGGGAAGAUUGGAAGCAGCUGGCAACAGCGACCGACAAGAAAUCAGGUCGUUGGAAAUGGAGAUUUGAUCCCGUUUCGAACAAGUACGAUUUUUCCCUAAUUGAACGAUGUACCUCGACCUUGAAGCUUUAUCGAACGAAAAAGCAAUCCUAUCCCAUGCUCAUGUUCUUGCGUUCUAGCUUGCUGCGCAAUUUCGGCAACAUUGGUGAUUCAGGCCUGUACACUGAAAAUUAUUCGGGAACAAAGAUCCUAAUAGAGGAAUACGUUCGUGAAGUAAAUCGUUGCUUGAAUUUCCUUUUCCUUACGAGAAAGCUAUCCCUCGAGGAAAAGCAAGACUUUUUUUCCGCUGCAAAAGUAUCCUUUGGCACCACUUGUUUAUACCUCAAUGGUGGCACUGCCUUUGGGUUAUAUCACUUUGGCGUAGCAAAAGUCUUGUGGGAAAGAACCUUACUACCACGGGUCCUUGCUGGUUCCGCGUCUGGCGCAUUGAUUGCUGCUUUGUUAGGUGUACAUCGUGAUGAUGAACUAGAUCACCUUUUCCAAACGUUUCCCGAAGAAUUGUGGGAUAUUUGUAAAAAUACUUCUGACUAUUCUCUAGCUAAAGUCAUAAAAUAUGGAAAUAUGCUAGACAUCUCGAUGAUUGCUUCUUUUGUUCAUAAAUGUGUUGGAGAAUUAACUUUCCAAGAAGCUUUUGAGAAAACAAAUCGUGCUAUCAACAUUAUCGCCCCGCCCUCUGUUACAUCUGGUUCCCCCCAGGUUUUAAAUUAUCAUACAGCUCCAAAUGUUUUGGUAUGGAGUGCUGCUUGUGCCAGUAACAGUUGGGCUGCAAUUUACCGUUCAACCAGCUUAUUAGCAAAAUUACCUGACGGCACUACGGAAGUGUGUACUCCAAAAAAUUUCGUAUGGCCAUAUGCGAGCAUGAAUCACCCUACCCGUCCCAAUUCUUAUGCUAGAAUUUCUGAGCUUUUCAACGUAAAUCAUUUUAUAAUCACUCAGUCUCGUCCCUCGCUUUUUCCAACAUUCCACGAUGAACUGCACCAUCAUACGCAUACUGGUUAUACCUUAAAAAUAAUUCGUCUGUUUGGUUUGGAAAUGGCUUAUCGUUUUCGCCAAAUGGAUAUUCUUGGCCUCCUCCCUAUGAGGUUAAGGCGUUUUUUAGUGGACGAUUUUAUUCCAAGUGCUUACAUAACGCUCACUCCUACCUUCUCAUUUACCGAUAUAAAGCAUGCCUUCACGAAGCCCUCUCUACAAGAUAUUCAAUAUUGGAUAUUGGUAGGCGAACGUGCUACUUGGCAAGCUAUCCCACUGCUGCAAAUACGAUGUAAAAGUGAAUUUUUAUUAAAUUGUAUAUGCGAACAAAUCGGUUUUAGCAAAUCAGCUAAAAUUCCUUUGGAACCAACCUUAACCCCUUCUGUAAUGGCAUUGGAGGAAAAUGAAGAAAAGCUGUUGAAAAAUUUCAAGGUUCAGUAGAUAUUUAUAUCUUUUUUGCCGGGUUUCUUGGGUUUAUGAUGAUUUAUUAUAUAAAAUUGCAUUUUGACAUGUUACUUUCAGUUC